CACCUUUCCAUAUCAGCAGCAAAGUGUUGAAAAGAUUCAUUCAUAUAUCAGCGUUACAAUAACUAUGGCUGUUUUACCGUUCCCCCCAACGCCUUUUCUUGAGUCGAGUGCACUAUUCACACAACGCUUGGUCCCAGUAGCAAGUUCUGGACAGACUGUUCCAAAGCAAGGCUCAACAUCUCCGCAUGACAGUAUUUCUGACAAACCAAUCAACCACAUUCCUGAUGCGCCUGGUGUAAUUCACUCGCAGGAAACUGUCCGUGACUUCCUCACAUCUGAACUCGGUACUCCACUCUUAGACGAGCUCUACAAUCAUCUUUGGCUCGUUGCACGAAGACAGGGUAACAGCAUCGACCCGCUGAACAGACAGAGAGUGAAGGCGAGAGAGAUCAUCGCGACGGAAGAUGCUCGCCUGCACCUUGUGUGGCAUCACAAUAGAAUAUACAUCAAGCCCAUGCCGUUGUGUCUACUCAACCACGACUUCUGGGCGACCUACCUCCCGUCGCCAACCGAUGAGACACUCUCCAGUCAGGAAGUCAUUGCAUCACAAAAAGAAAGUUCAACCUCAGCCUUUGACCGAAAGAUCGCACUUGGGUUCAUGCGCUCCUAUGCGCUGCUAGUACGCCAUCGUGUGGACUUCUUCCUCGCGCGCGACUCCCACCUUCUUCCUGCCGAGCUCGAGUGGGCGAAAUGGUCCGAGUUCAUUCGUCACUUUCGACUCAUCAAAGACGAAGACGUAGCGAAACGAUAUCACUACGGCCAGCUCCGCCUCUCACGGCUGAACUGGGCAGUCCGUUUGUUCCGUCCCUCGCGUGAAACGACAACGACGGCGUGGUUUUACGAGAUCCCUCACUGGUCGACAGGUGGGUACGUACAGCAAGUGACUACGCCGCUGCUUUUCGGCUUCGCCAGCCUUUCAUUAGUACUGUCGUCCAUGCAAGUGCUACUUUCAGUGCCAGCUGAGGACCUGAGCUUGCAUAGCUUGAAUGCAGCUUCGCUGGUACCGAUGAAGCAAGCACUGUGGUUGUUUUCAAUCAUCGUAUUGUUGCUGUCAGGAAUUAUCUGGUUGUUGUUGUUAGUUCUCCCGUUGAUGGGACUUACCUGGCAGUUGACAUGGGGAUACAAGAACAGAGCGAACUCCAAUGUUAAGGAUGUCGUGUACUUGAAGAAAGAGGCAGUCAGCAACGUUUAACACAAGUCUUGGCAUGUAGAGCGGCAGAGCUGAGUAGAUAUGUAUUGAAUAUUUAGAACACCAAAGCGCAAGAGAAGUAGCUAUAAACAAGCUACGCUUGAAUUAGGCAGAAAUGUAGCAGGAAGGAACAUUGCGAAGCACACUAGAUACAGCUACAUUUCGUUUUUACACAA